AUGUACUUUACUCUCUACUUCCUCAUCACCCGCCUCCUUGACACUCUUCGCUCAGUCAGGGACCACUUCCUCGCCCUUGACCCUCAUUCUCUCACUGUCGACGACCUCGAGAAGCACCUCCUAGCAGCCGAGAAGAACAUUCUAGCUGUAGGUGCUGCUCGUGGUACUCCCCGCACUCCCCUCUUUGAGCGGUGCUCCCCCUCCCCUCUUACCCCCUCCUACGCCUCCACAGCUGCUGCUGUUGACCUCCUUGGUGCUGAGAAGAUCGUAGCUGCUUCCGCUCCGAGUGGAAAGCGCAGCGGUUUCAGGGCGGGCAAGGGUGGCAGGGGUGGCGGACGUGGUGGUGGAGGGGGCGGUGGUGGAGGCGGCGGGGGCGGUGGAGGUAGUGGCGGUGGUCGUGGGGGUGGAGGUAGUGGUGGGGGCGGUGGUGGUGCCGGGAGCAGUGGCGGUGGCGGUGGCGGUGGUGGCGGAGGGGGGAGUGGUGGUGGCGGCGGUGGUGGGGGCUUGGCCCAGUGCUUGCACAGUCUUCCACUGUGCUUCCGUGUCCGGCGGUCCCGUCUGGUGAGCUGUCUCGUCUCCACCUCCCCUCGUUCUCUCCGAACUUGGUGA